GCCAGUCGACCUCUGGCUAAUCUGUCCGAAAGAGCUAGAAAUCUGUCUGGAUCCGAAACGGGGAGAAAGGGAACAUUGUUGUGGUGAUCAUCGGGAAGAGCUGAAGCUGUUUGGUGAAACAGAUAAGAAAUUGAUCUGUUUGAUGUGUUUCUUUUCUCCCGAGAGACAGAAUCACAAAUCGCACAGCGUCAUGUCGGUAGACAAAGCUGCUGAGAUCUACAAGGAAAAACUGAAAUCAUCUUUCAAUUUGGUUCUGAAGAGAAAAGACGCUGUUCUUCGAGCUGAAUUUGAGCAAAAAGAGAGGAUUUCUGCCGUGAAAAAACAGGCGAGCAGUCUGCAGAACAACGUCACGGCUGAGUUUGUUAAAAUGCAUCAGAGCCUCAAAGACACAGAGCAGCGUGUAAUGCGAGAGUUCAGAGAGCGAGAAGAGGAGAUUUUACAGCGAAUGGAGGAAGCUUUCUCAGGGUUUGAAGAGCAGUUAAAAUCUAUUGACCGAGAAUUAGCAAUGUUACAGAACCGAAUGGAUGAACAUGACUCGGGAUCCUUUCUGAGGGAGGAAGCUUCUCGGAAGAUCAGCAUCAGUGAAGUCUGAAUUGAGCCGUCAGUGGUACAAGGAGAUCUGACUUUGGCAAUACCCAAAGGGCUUUUGCAGCUCACAGUGUGGAGAGAAAUGAUCAACAUGACCAGCCUUGCUCCGGCCUCUCUGACGCU